UCUGAACCAGGAAGUACUUGUGUCAGCUUUAGCUAACUUGCUAUGGCUAGCAUAGAGGAAUGAAAGUGUGUGACAACAAAGUUUGUCCUAGUUACAUUUAUGAGCUCAGCUAGUGUUCAUAUUUAUUAGACACAUGUCGGGUAACGUCGUGCUUAGCGGGCACUGCUGUCGCUGAUAGGAGAGGAGGGAAAACUGUGUGCCAUCAAAAUGAUUAUUAUACCACUGUCUGAUAGGCAAUGAUAGGCUUGUCAAGUUAUGCAGGGGUUAUGGAAAGUCUAAUGAAUUCUGCUGAAGAGCAGCAACCCUCCUCUCCCCUGACCAACUCUUGGUCCAAAAUACAGGAAUCAAGCAAGAAUCAGAAGCCAAAAGGUGUGGGCGGAUUUGUUUUAGUGCAUGCAGGAGCUGGAUACCAUUCAGAAUCUAAGGCCAAGGAGUACAAGCAUGUGUGCAAAAGAGCCUGCCAGCGAGCUGUGGACCAGCUCAAAGCUGGGGCACUUGCAGUGGAAGCAGUGGCUGCAGCACUGGUUGAACUUGAGGACUCUCCAUUUACAAAUGCUGGCAUGGGCUCCAACCUUAAUUUGUCGGGGGAAAUUGAAUGUGAUGCCAGUAUCAUGGAUGGAAAGUCACUGCAUUUUGGUGCCGUAGGAGCCAUUAGUGGUAUUAAGAACCCAGUCUUAGUUGCAAACCGUCUACUGAGUGAAGCACAGAAAGGGAAACUAUCAGCUGGCAGAAUACCACCCUGCUUUUUAGUGGGGCGAGGAGCACAUGACUGGGCAGUCAGCCAUGGGAUACCACCAUGCCCUUCAGAAAAAAUGGCCACCAAGUUCAGUUUGUCUGCAUACAAGAGGAACAAGCGAAAGAUGGAGCUGGCGGAGAAGAUGGACACAGGACAAAAUCAGACAAAGAAAAGACGACAAUCAAGUGAAAAUGAAAAUGGCUCAGGGUGCCUCGACACAGUCGGAGCUGUUGUGGUCGACCUGGAAGGGAAUGUAGCAGCAGCAGUGUCCAGCGGAGGUCUGGCUAUGAAACAUCCAGGCAGGGUUGGCCAGGCUGCUCAUUAUGGAUGUGGCUGCUGGGCUGAAAAUGCUUGUAAUAUGAACCCUUACUCUACAGCAGUGAGUACCUCAGGCUGUGGAGAGCAUCUGAUUCGCACCAUGUUGGCACGUGAGUGCUCUGCUGCAAUGCAGUCUGAAGAUGCCCACCAAGCACUGCUGGAGGCUAUGCAAAACAAGUUCAUCAGCUCACCCUUUCUGACCAGUGAAGAUCGUGUUCUGGGUGGGGUAAUUGUCUUGCGGUGCUGCAGAUGUGUGGAAGCUCAGCCAUCUCAAAAUAUUCAGGGUAUCUUGGUGGAGUUCCUAUGGAGUCACACCACAGAGAGCAUGUGUGUUGGCUACAUGUCAGCCCAAGACAGCAAAGCAAAGACACAUAUAUCCAGAUUACCACCGGGGACUGUUCCUGGUCAGUCUUUGGCCAUCGAGGGAGGGGUGUGUCGGCUGAUGGGUGUGGUGGAUUGAACCGUGUUCUCCCGUCUUCUGGGCUUCUUCAGCAAUAUUCCAAUUCAGACUCCACACAUGUGCACACACUGGCACUUAGACUCACACAUGCACAGCACCCCUCACCUCCUCACAGCCUUUGUGAUGCCAGGAGUAAUAAGCUUUCACUGUUUUAACAGGUGUCCAGGAAGGAGGGAGUGUUAGCUUCUACUUAGUGCACUUACAGGACUUCCCUUUGCCACUGUCUGCCUCCAGCAUGUACACUAUGCCAACUUUACCCCCGAGCUCUCCAGUGUCACCUGGAUUAGACUUGAUGCACCAUUGCCUUGAUGCACCAUUUUUUCUUUGUUACUCUUUUCCAACUAAAAGUGGCGUCCUUCCUUUUUGUACAUAAGCUCUAAUUUAGGGAAACAGGGUGGAUGUUCAUGUUAUUUUGUAUUACUGAACAGAUGUGACUAUUUUCAAACUUUUAGGAAUUUCAAAUGCAAGACCUUAUUUUGUUCCUAAAAUACUUUUCGAUUUAAAAAAAAAAGAUGUCAUAUUGCACCUUGUGGAAUGCCUGCUACUCAAGGUUAUUGUUUUAAAUGAAGAAUGUAUAGCUGUGAGAGUUGAAUAGUGACGAGAAAAAGCAAUUUGCAGCGUUAACAACUUCCCCAUACUCGCUCACACAUGCUGUUUUUAAUCCUCCAGCUUACUGUACAAUGUAGCAUAAUGUGCAUCUUAGGUCAUGAUGAAUUUUAUAACCAUUUCACUCCUAGAAUGCUUUGCUUUUUGUUUUCAAAUGUGAAUACAUAGCUACUGCAUGUACAAAAUAUACAGUAAGCCAUUUUCUUUUUUUCUGAGUUGAUCAAGAAGGAGGAAGCUAUGCACUUCCAGAGUGAUGCUUAUACAUAUAUAUAGUGCUCAGGUAGCAGCAUUUGACCCUACCGCCAAACACGACUGUUAGUCAUCAUUUAAAAAUCACAAUUUAUAUUUGUACAGUCCCAUUGACAGAGACGUGUAUUUUCUUGCAAAAAGUACAGCUAAAAACUAAUGUAUGCAUCGAAGCCCAUGAAAUGGUGCUGUUGAGAAUUGUACUUGAAAUGAGUAAUUGUCUGAACUGAUGCUUCUGUUGGUCCCAAUGAAACCACAAUAGAGUUUGUUUAUUGUUUACUUGAAAAUGCAACGAAUAUAAAAUGGUAUAAGCUAUAGAGAUCAUAUGUGCACCGCUCUCUACAGUGCUCAGAAAGUCAAUAAAAUCUAUGUUGCUACA